UAGCGUGGCGCGCCGCGGCUGCCAGAGCCGGCCAGUGUGCGACGCAUUGCCGACCAUGGCGGCCGCCUCAGCCACGUCCACGCCGGCCGGCGCGGCCGCGCACCAGCCGCCCUUCACCGAGGAGCAGCUCAUCGCGCAGGUGUACCAGCACAACAUCCUCUACGACAAGACGUCGUUCCACUACAAGGACCCGCGGAUGCGCAUGGAGGCGUGGGAGGAGAUCGGGCGCGCUCUCAAAGUGCCAGGUUCGGAGUGCCUCAAAGCGUGGCGCAAACUACGAAACUGCUACAUGAACGCCAUCAAGCGACGGAGGUUCAGCAGCAAGGCCACACACGCCAACAAGAAGUACACCAAGUGGAAGUUCGAGGACGAGAUGUCCUUCCUGCUGCCCUACAUGCUCAGUGGCAGGGCAAUGUCUCACGAGCACAGCAACGAGGAAGAGGAGGAGGACAACGAGGACGGCGACCCGGGCGGCGAGCUGGUGGAGGCGGAGACGGCGCCGACGCUCAAGGCGGAGGAGCCGGCCCCGUCACCCGGCCAGCUGCACGCCCCCGCUUACGGCACGGGCCGGCGCGCAGAGUUCACCGGCGCCCAGGAGUUCGUCAGCGUCGUCAUGGCCAACGGGCGCGCCGGCAGCCAUUCCUACGACGACGACGACGAGCCGGACCGCGACGAAGACGACGACGAGAGCCCGCGGGCGCGCAGACGCCCCCGCAAGCGGCCCAGGGCGCGCAGCCCCUGCCCCGCGCCCUCUGCCGCCUCUGGCCCGGAGGCCAUGGACGACACCGAGAUGUUCUUCCUGAGCAUGGCCAAGACCGUCAAGAAGCUGCCGCGCGUCGAGCGCGUGCGCAUCCGCAUGGACCUCUGCCGCAUGGUCUCCGAGGCCGAGCUGCGCAACCUCACCAACGGCUACCGCCGCAAGUGACCGUUUACUUCAGUGAUAUAAACUUGUGCCUUCCUCGUUUUAAUCAUUCCUUCAAUCAGCUGUUAGUGUCAAGCCCGAGUAUUUAUGAGGUUUUCACACCGUGAUCUUCCUUCAACCGUAUAUUGAAUUUUUUGGAUACUUCACUCCUUGUAAUCCUCAACAACUCUGUAAACAUUUAACUUAUGUUUUCUUCUUUCUAAGCAACAAUAAGUUUUUCUUCCGCAAACAGUCGUCCCCCUCUCCGCCUCUCUCUCUCUCUCUCUCUCUCCCUCUCUCUCUCUCUCUCUCUCUCUCUCUUGUGUUUGUGUUUGUGUGUGUGUGUGUGUGUGUGUGUGUGUGUGUGUGUGUGUGUGUGUGUGUGUGUGGUGUUACCUCUAAUGUGGUACUGACUUCCAAACCCUCCUAAGCCAACAAGUCUCUCACAUCUUUCAAAUAAGCGAAUGCAUCAUCUGUGGGUUCAUCCACAGCUAUCACUGCUGAUUGACAGCUCCUUAUUUCCAGCUCCGCUUACAAAAAAAUUCCUAACUGCAGUCCAGUGGCAGUUGUGUGUUCACAUUUGACUAGCUCGAACUGGUUCCACAGCAUGCUGUUUCGUCUGUUGAAUUAUAGCGAUAAAAUGACUAAUGGCAGCACAUCAACCAGUCAAUUUCUUUUCACAGUCAUCAAUAUCAGAGUUUUACGAUCAUCUCUGUCAGGACCUACAGAAUUUGUACAAACAGUUGUCAUUUCAUUGAUUUUUUAAAAAAUUACAAUGCUGUUAACCAGAAAACAUUAAUACAAAAAUAGCAAAUUAUGAAAAAGUAACUAGUUUCAACAUAACUACUUACAACUUUCUAGUAAUAAUUUUAUUUAUUCUCGUCCUUGUAUAUUAAAUAUUCAUUCUCCUCUUCACCCCCUUUCCUGGUUAAAAUACAAGUACUGACAUGCCUGAUUUCCGUCCAUUCCAUCAAGUGUUCAUUAUCAUCGUUUGUAUCAUCUACAGUUUUAACGCUUCCUCGUAUUGUUUCCAUGACUUCCCGUAAUAUCUCAUCGACGGGCUCCACACCUCCUUGCACUGCUACAGCAGCUGAGGUAAGAAAGAAGGCGAUUAACUGUCUGAGAAAUAUAUAGUGUUGCUAUACUUUUCAGGAGCAGUAUUAGCGAUUUAACUACAUUCCUAUGAUGAAAGUUCUAUGGUAAUAUUUUUGUAUGAGGGAAGAGCCUCACACGCGGCAGAACACUAAACAAACACGAAUUUAAAGGUUUGCUUAUACUUUUUUUUUACAUAUCUUGUGAAAAAACUCACAGUGUAGCCCUUCUGCUAGUCGUGGCUCAAGUGGGAACAGGACUGAUUAAAUGUUACAGGAGGAGAGACGUGUGAUCUGGAAGUCGGACUUGGCGAUUACUGGUCACCUACUCAUGCUAACCGUUCCACAAACAUUUGCAAAGCCCGCAAGACAUAUUUAAGUGCCUCACUGAUCAUGCAGUGGUAUUUGCACCUGACUACGAUGUCAGACGUGUGAUGUAAAAAGGACUAAAGGACGAUCUCACAAGGCCCUGUGCCUGAUACUUAUUACUCUAUAGCAAUAUAUUUUUCUUUCUAAGAUUGUAUGUAUUAGCUUUUACUGUGGUACAAGGAAUGUGAAAUUUAAAUGUUAAAAAGCUUUUUUAAGAAAUAAAAGAAAUUUUGUGCUUUUUGUUAAA